AGGCAAAGUCCAGUCCAUGCUGCGCUACUAGACUCGCAAUCGCAGUCGCUCGCGUAUCUGCAGCCGAGGAUCUUCACCCCAAAAAACCUUUAAGGACAAGAUAUUUCAGAAAAUGACGCAGCCUGCUGACUCGAUCCUGCACAGCGGAUACUUCCACCCAGUUCUACGAAACUGGCAAACGUGCGCCUCUGACUUGCGGCCAGACAACCUCAUCUACCCCAUUUUCAUCACUGACAGUCCUGAUGCAGUGGAACCUAUUGCAAGUUUACCUGGUCAAGCAAGAUAUGGUGUGAAUAAGCUUGAGGGGAUGCUGCGCCCCCUUGUGGAGAAAGGCCUGAAGUGUGUGCUGAUUUUUGGAGUUCCUGCAAAAAUUGCAAAGGAUGAGCGAGGCUCUGGAGCUGACACUGAUGACACACCUGCUGUCCAGGCUGUGAAAAAGCUUCGAACAACCUUCCCUAAUCUAGUGCUGGCUUGUGAUGUCUGCCUCUGCCCUUACACAUCACAUGGCCACUGUGGAAUUUUGCGUGAAGAUGGCACCCUGGAUAAUGCAGCAAGUUGCGUGAGACUGGCGGAGGUGGCGUUAGCCUAUGCUCGUGCUGGAUGCCACAUCAUCGCUCCUUCUGAUAUGAUGGAUGGACGGAUCGCUUCCAUCAAGCAAGCACUGAUAUCGAAUGACCUCGGAAACAAGGUUUCAGUACUGAGCUACAGUGCUAAGUUUGCAUCCUGCUAUUAUGGACCUUUCAGGGAUGCUGCCCAGUCCAAACCAGCAUUUGGAGACAGGCGAUGCUAUCAGCUGCCCCCUGGUGCCCGAGGUCUAGCACUGCGAGCCUGUGAUCGAGAUGUGAAAGAGGGAGCUGAUAUGCUGAUGGUUAAGCCAGGAUUGCCUUAUCUUGAUAUCCUGAGGGAGGUUAAGAAUAAGCACCCUACACACCCACUGGCAGUGUAUAAUGUGUCUGGAGAGUUUGCCAUGCUGUGGCACGGAGCGCAGGCAGGAGCAUUUGACCUGCGCACAGCUGUCUUGGAGGCCAUGACCGCCUUCCGCCGAGCAGGAGCAGACAUCAUCAUCACCUACUAUACUCCUCAGCUGCUGACAUGGCUAACAGAGUGACAGCCUGCUCUUAGGGAUCAUUAUGUUGAUCAUCCCAAAAGCAUCGUAGUGCGAAGAACAUCUGGAGAUGGUAGAACAAGUAUCACUUUGAGCUCCAAUACGCAAGAUGAUUUUAACACUAUGAUGGUUUUGGGGAAACACAGCCUAUGCAAUGUUAUCCCAGUCUUUUAUGACUGAGCUACUCUGACCAAGGGGUUUGUUUAUAGUAAACACAUAUUCUCUGGAUAAGCAGAUUUGAUCACGUUAAAUAAGCUUUAUAGAUUUUUUUUUUAUUCAGUCUGUAUAAUUCUUCUGAUUGUGAAAAAGCUUCCUGCCUUUCUCAGUGAUGUAUGCAGUUCAUCUGUUUUCAUUUGGAUGUGAAUCUUAAAGGAUGGAACAGGACUGAACAUACAGCCCUUCCAAGAAUGCUGGAAAUCUUUAUUGGAUCUAUGUAUUACAAUAUACAGUAUAGUUAUGAGACCUCUGAUUAAAAGAAUCAAACCAGUCAUGUUUAAAAA